CUAGAUUAGGAAUCUUUCCGGAUCCAAAACCGCGUAAACCCUAGAAAUCUAUAAAACAGACAGACUGGGUCUAAUUCUCCUUAGAGAUUGUUCGCUCCUGAAGAUAUUCUAAACCUCUCUCAUACCAAAAAAAAAUCCCCAAAUUAAAACCCUAACAGCGUUUGUAUACACGGGGAAUUUGAAGAUUUGAAGAGCUAAAGAAGAAUGGCCGCGUCUGCGGGAAAGAGAUGUUUAUAUGAAAUUCUAGGUAUAAGCAGAGAUUGUAGCCCUGAAGAAAUUCGAUCGGCAUACAGAAAAUUAGCACUUCAACGACAUCCUGAUAAACUAGUAUCACAAGCUGGAAUUUCAGAAAAAGAAGCAAACGCUGCAUUCCAAGAGCUUGUCAAUGCAUAUGAAGUACUUUCAGAUCCCAAAGAACGCAGUUGGUAUGAUUCUCAUCGAAAUAAGAUUUUAUUUUCUGAACCCGGAAAGGGUUCGUCGUCGUCAUCAGCACAAUCUGUGCCUGAUUUGUUUCCUUAUUAUUCUAAUUCGUGUUAUUCUGGUUUUGGUCAUACCGGUAAGGGUUUUUAUAAGGUUUAUGGUGAUUUAUUCGACAAAAUUUAUGAACAAGAAGUUAGUACUGCGAAGAAAUUAGGGUUAGGGUUAGAGGCUGUUAGAGAAGCUCCGUUGAUGGGGAAUUUGAAUUGUGAUUAUACACAAGUUACUGCGUUUUAUAAUUAUUGGUCUGGGUUUAGUAGUAUUAUGGAAUUUUGGUGGGCUGAUGAACAAGAUGUAGAAAUGGGAUAUGAUAGGAAAUCAAGAAGGCAGGCGGAAGAACAUAAUAAAAAGUGUAGAAAGAAAGCUAAGAAAGAGUUUAAUGAGAUGGUUCGCGGGUUGGCUGAAUUUGUCAAGAAGAGAGAUAAAAGAGUUGUCGAGAUGAAGAUUAAGAAGAUGCAGGAGAUGGAAAAGAAGGAGGAGGAGUUGAACGAGAAGAAGAAGGAAAUGCAAAGGCAGAAGUUGGAGAGAGCUAGGUUAUAUGAAGAACCUGAUUGGGCUAAAGUGGAUGAAGAGGAGAUCGGGUUAGGUUUUGAGGAAGUUGAUAAUAAUAAUAAGAAGAAGAAAGAUGAGAUUAAUGAGUUACAUUGCAUUAUCUGUAAUAAGAAGUUUAAAUCUGAUAAGCAGUGGAAGAAUCAUGAACAAUCAAAGAAACAUAAAGAAAAAGUUGCCAUGUUUAGGGAGGAGAUGGGAAGUGAAGAAGAAGAAGGAGAGGAGGAGAUUCCAAACGAGUUCAAUGAGGAUAUGGGUCCUUCAGUGUCGGGUAAUGAUGCUGUUGUAGAUGAUUUGUCAGAGAAGUUUGAAGAUGCAUUUGAAUUUCAGGAGGAACAAAGUAAAGAGGUUAAACAACCUUCUACCGAAGAAGAAGAAGAAAAAGAAGAUGAGGAAGAAGAAGAUGAAAUUGAUGCUUUUGAUGUUAAUCUUGACAAUGAGGCAGGUAACUCAGGUAGUGACGAAGAAUCAAUCCUUCUCACAGCGAUGCUAUCUGGACAGAAAAACAGAAAGAAAGCAGCAUCGAAGCGUGAAACUGAGAUGCCUUCUUCAGAUGAAACUCCUGAUACCGCUGAUGAUGGAGUAACAGAACCCAUGGUGUAUGAUACCAUGAAAAAGAGUGCACGCGGGAAUCGCAGAGCAAAAAAAGGCAGUGGGAAGAAAUCCAAUACAGAGGAAGUAAGUUCUGAUUCCCAUAUAAAACAUGGUGCGGUUGAGGAAGGUAAUGAACCAGACAAUUCAAAUACAUUGGGUUCCUCAUCUGACACUAUUAGUGAGGUUGGGCAAAAAAUUAGAGCAGAUCCUCCUCCACUGGGAAAAAAUGUUAAAGGUCAUAAAAAGGCUGGGGCAGAAGAUAUGGUCAGCAACUCGAAAAAAGCUUCCAAAGGAAGGAAACAAAAGGGAGCAUCUAAAUCUACUGAUCACUUGUGUGAUACAUGUGGACAGGACUUUGAAUCAAGGAAUAAACUGCACAGGCAUUUGGGUGAUACAGGACAUGCCUCCCUUAAAUCACGAUAAGCUGGUAAUUGACGACUGUCCCUGGUUAUAAGCAACAGCAAAAAUGUUUCUAGGAAUCUUCAUUUUAGAUCUUUUGCGUUUCUAUUUGCAUUUCACAUACUCCGUUUACCCUGUCUCUGAGAGGGUAAUUUAUUUUGUGGCUGUGUUUUUGUGUCAACCAUACCGUUAUAAUGCAAAAAGAAAGUUGGAGAAUAUAUGAUGAUUUGUCGUUGUAUUGAAGGCGAAUGCAUUUUUUUUUUGGGUUU